GACCAUGCUUCGACUACCUGCAGUCCGCAGGACCUUAGCUGGGGUCACCCAGUCCUCCAAAGUAUGUGGGCGUACAACUGCAACAGCACCCAGCAACCAAAUAGAAGUGUUUGUGGAUGGUCAUCCUGUAUUGGUGAACCCGGGAACCACCGUACUUCAGGCCUGUGAAAAGGCUGGAAUUCAGAUACCUCGUUUUUGUUACCAUGAUCGUCUCUCUGUUGCUGGAAACUGUAGGAUGUGUCUUGUGGAAAUAGAGAAAGCUCCAAAGCCAGUUGCAGCUUGUGCCAUGCCAGUUAUGAAGGGGUGGAACAUACUGACAAACUCUGAGAAGUCCAGGAAAGCAAGAGAGGGUGUAAUGGAGUUCCUGCUGGCAAAUCACCCACUGGACUGUCCUAUCUGUGAUCAGGGUGGAGAAUGUGAUCUACAGGAUCAAUCGAUGAUGUUCGGCAGUGAUAGGAGUAGAUUUAGAGAGGGAAAACGUGCUGUGGAGGACAAGAACAUUGGCCCAUUAGUCAAAACAAUCAUGACUCGGUGUAUACAGUGCACUCGAUGUAUCAGGUUUGCUAGUGAGGUUGCAGGGGUAGAUGACUUGGGAACAACCGGAAGAGGAAAUGAUAUGCAAGUUGGUACUUACGUUGAAAAAAUGUUCAUGUCUGAGUUAUCAGGAAAUAUUAUUGACAUCUGCCCAGUUGGUGCUCUUACCUCCAAGCCAUAUGCCUUUACUGCACGCCCAUGGGAGACGAGGAAGGUAGAGUCAAUUGAUGUUCUUGAUGCACUUGGAAGCAACAUUGUAGUGAGCACGAGAACUGGAGAAGUGAUGAGAAUUUUGCCAAGGCUGCAUGAAGAUAUCAAUGAGGAAUGGAUAUCUGACAAAACAAGGUUUGCUUAUGAUGGUCUGAAGCGUCAAAGACUUACUCAGCCAAUGAUUAAAAAUGAGAAAGGACUAUUUGUUUAUGCCUCAUGGGAGGAUGUAUUAACUCGUGUUGCUGGUGUGCUACAGGCUGUUAAAGGUAAGGAAGCAGCAGCAAUUGUGGGCGGACUGGUGGAUGCAGAAGCGCUAAUAGCUCUGAAAGACUUACUGAAUAGAGUAAAUUGUGACACGCUUUGCACUGAAGAAGUCUUCCCUACUGCUGGAGCUGGCACAGAUUUACGCUCUAACUACCUGCUUAAUACCAAGAUUGCUGGAGUGGAGGAGGCAGAUGUCCUGCUUCUGGUUGGCACCAAUCCACGCUUUGAGGCACCACUUUUUAAUGCCAGAAUUCGAAAGAGCUGGCUUCACAAUGACUUGCAAGUGGCCCUUGUUGGCUCUCCUGUGAAUUUGACCUACACAUAUGAUCAUCUGGGAGAGUCCCCACAGAUACUCCAGGACAUUGCUUCUGGAAAACAUGCGUUCGCUAAGGUCCUCGACCAGGCCAAAAAGCCAAUGGUGGUGGUAGGCAGUGCAGCACUGCAGCGCAGUGAUGGAGCAGCUAUCCAUGCUGCUGUUUCCACUAUUGCACAAAAUGCCAGGACUAAGAGUGGUGUUGGUUCUGAUUGGAAAGUCAUGAACAUCCUCCACAGGGUUGCAAGCCAGGUAGCUGCUUUGGAUCUGGGUUUCAAACCAGGAGUGGAGGCAAUUAGGAAAAAUCCUCCCAAAGUAUUGUAUCUCUUGGGAGCAGAUUCGGGUUGUAUAACACGUCAGGAUUUGCCAAAGGAUUGUUUUAUCAUCUAUCAAGGACAUCACGGGGAUGUAGGAGCUCCCAUGGCUGAUGUUAUUCUGCCAGGAGCAGCAUAUACAGAGAAGACGGCCACAUAUGUGAAUACUGAGGGUAGGGCCCAGCAGACAAGAGUAGCAGUAACACCACCUGGGAUGGCAAGGGAAGACUGGAGAAUUAUUAGAGCUGUCUCAGAGUUGGCUGGUAUGACCUUGCCUUAUGAGAACCUUGAUGAAGUACGGAAGCGUUUAGAAGAAGUAUCACCUAAUCUGGUUCGAUACGAUGAUGUGGAAGAGGCUAACUACUUCAGCCAGGCAAAUGAAUUGUCAAAGUUAGUGAAGCAACAGCUUCUUGCUGAUCCUCUUGUUCCACCUCAGCUCACAAUAAAAGACUUUUAUAUGACAGAUUCAAUCAGUAGAGCAUCCCAGACAAUGGCCAAGUGUGUGAAAGCUGUUGUUGAAGGUGCUCAUGCAGUAGAAGAGCCAGCCAGCUGCUAAAGACUAAUCAGACUGCUACCACCUCCAUCCAAGUAUUUUUUGCAGUUAACUGCUGUGACUGAUUUUUUUUUUUUCAAAAUCUAUUUGUUAGGUUGUUGUAUUUUUCUUUUCAUUCACAUUUUCAUCAGCUCAAAUAGUCCCAUAUUAUAGGACUGUUGUUGUGUCUAAGAGCAUGUGCAGCACUCAGCCAGAGGCAGAGUAUGUGAUGAUUGCAUACUAAUAAAUUAUAAUACCAAACAAUCCAUUACCUAUGUAAUUCAUAUAGCUCACACUUCUUGCAUGAAAAGAACUCAGUAAGCAAGUAAGACUCAGUAAAUCUUGAUUUGCUAGGAAUAAGUCUACAUGGCAAAAAUAAGGGAUUGUAACCUUCCAGAGUCUCCAGGUAUCUUGCACAGGUGAGAGCGUGAACAUGCUAUUUUUGUAAUGCACUUUCAGAGCAAGCUGUCCCUCUUUUGAGCCAAUCAUACAUGGUUUACAUCAGUGUUAGACCUACCACUGCUCUAGAUAGCUGUAUGUUUCUUCAUUGCGUUUCAGUUGACAAACUACUCAUGGAGGAAAUAAUUUUGAUGUAGUGAAAAGAAAAGCAAUUUUCAGAGAGCCUUAUAUUGAACUGCUUUAAAAAUUUAGCAAAAAUAUAAAGGCCUUUAGCUACACCAGUUCAAAUACAGAAAAAGAUCUGAGAAUGGUUUUUCUGUAUGCUCAUCUUUAUAGCAAAGUGGGGGAAGGGGGGUUGUGUGUGGUGUUUUCUGGUGUGGGUUUGUGGUUUUUGGUUUUUUUUUUCUUGAGCUUUAGAAUUACUUCAGAACAGUGACUCUCUCGUUUGUUAUGUUGGUUAAUGUAAGUUUGGAAGAAGGAUCGCUUCCUCUUCAACAUGCUACUAGGGUAAGAAGGUUUAGAGAAAUUCUUCCAGGGAUCAUGCAUAUGGGAACAAUACUAUAAAGUCAUCACUUCCAGCUUUCAUAGAAUCACAGAAUACCAGGUUGGAAGGGACCUCAAGGAUCACCUGGUCCAACCUUUCUGGCAAAAGCACGGUCUAGACAAGAUGGCCCAGCAUCCUGUCCAGCUGAAUCUUGAAAGUGUCCAAUGGUGGGGAAUCCACCACGUCCUUGGGGAGAUUAUUACAGUGGCUGUUUGUUCUGUGAAAAACUCUUCUCUUGUGUCCAGUUGGAAUCUUCCCAGGAGUAACUUGUACACAUUACCCCGUGUCUUCCCUGUGACUCACUGUAAGAAAGGGAAUUUAUUU